GAGAUUCACAAGGGUGUAGUUUUUAUUGGGCUCGAAAGCCUCCCAUUAGCAGUCUUGAGUGCCGCAGGAGAGAAGACUGCAACCUUCACGUAUCCUGGGGGACACCAGGGCAGCUCAAAAAUGUUCAAGAAGAGCACUACGAGGUCGGCCAGCAAAACAAGCAAGGCACUGAACAAUGAACUGGCUUUGCUCAUCGCCCGCAUGCAGAAGAAUGCUGACCAGGUCGAGAAGCAUAUCUACUUCAAUGAGGAGAAGCUUGCACUGGAUGAGAAGUACCUGAAAAGUGGUCAGAGGUUUCAGUACGAAAACGAUAACUCUGAAGCACUGGCCGAGUCUGAGAUGCUACUCAAGGACCUCUUCCUAGAUGCAGACAAAGCGAAGAAGAUGAAGCACCCACAGGCUACUGAGAUAGAGCAGGACAUAAAAAACCUCCAUGAACGCUGGUCCAAGAACUGCACCAAGUACCGUGACGUGUAUGACAACAAGCCAGAUGUGCCAGAUUCGACGCCCUCCAUAGACUGGAUGACUAUUCUUGGCCAAAAACAGCUCCAAGUGAAUCAGGGUAGUUAUCCAGUUGGACUUCCGGAGAUGGAGAAGCAGAUUGCCGAGCACAACAUCCUGCACAAGCAGAUUGAGGCAUAUGGCCCUCAAAUUGACCAGACCUUUACUGGCAAGCCGGAGGAUAAAGCCACCAUUCUGAAGCAGCAUGCUGCACUGCUGGAAAGCUCCAAGCAACGCAAGAACCAUCUAGCAAGCCUGUAUGGCUACUUGCAGGGCUGCACAAAGGAGCUGCUGUUUCUUAGUGAGAAUCAGGAUAAAAUCCUCAAGGAAGACUGGAGUGACCACAUGAAUGACCAUAUUGAAAUACGCAGGGAAUAUGAGAACUUCAAGGCUAACAGCCUACUUGAUCAUGAGGGUGAGGUGAAUAAGCUGCUGGAUAAAGGAGACAAUUUGCUUAUGGAGAAGCACCCAGCCAGCUCCACCAUUCAGGCUCAUCGAGAUGCACUACAGACAGAAUGGCAGGACUUCCUCAACCUCUGUGUCUGCAAGGAGACCCACCUGCACAACGUGGAAGACUACAAGAAGUUCUAUGACGAUGUGGACAGUGCAAGUCAAGCUGUGAAAAAGCAAAAUGCUGACCUGGACUCCAAGGUGGCCAACUCCAACAGUACCUCUGAGAUCCAGCGCUAUAUAGAGCGUGAAGAGAGAUCUGUCCAGCAGAAUGAACGACUCUUGGCAGACUUGAGAAAACGUGCCCCGGAAAUCUCUCCACUGAAACUUCGCCACACAAUGCCAUCCAAGUCUGUACCCGUGGAAAGUCUUUGCGAUUGGAACAAUGACAAGGAUUUCAUAACAAGAGGUGACAGGUACAACCUAAAGGAUAACCGGGACACUGAUAACUGGGUUGUCCAGGAUGUUGAUGGAGUGAACAAGACCCUUCCGGGUGUGUGUUUCCAAGUGCUACCACCUGACCCUGAGGCCACCAGCCGUCUGGACAGGCUGAGCAAAGACCUAAAUGAUCUGAAGAACAAGAGGACAAACCUACAGAACAACCUAAAGAGCCAGAACCUGGAGGUCAGCCGCAGUCUGAAUACAGCACCUUUGAUGAGCAGUGGUGAUGAGCCACAGGCCAGAAAGCUGGGUAGCCGUCUGGAGGAUAUAAACAACAAUCUGGAGCAGUGUGAGAAAGACAUGGUGACCCGUUUAAGGGCCCCUGUGAGCCGCAGUGCAGCACCCCAAGACAUCAGCAAGCGGCUCCAAGAGCAAGAGAACACAAGUAAGACCUUGCAAGGUCUUAACAUGGAGAAGGAUGCUGUCAAGAGAGACAUUGAUGACUUCCUCUCCAGAAGACCUACAGGCCCUACUGCUUCUGCCCUACCUGCCCAACUGGACAAGGUCCAGAACAAGUGUGAUGAAGUCACAGCUUUGUCUUCACUGUACACGCAGAAAGCCAAUGCCUCCCUCAACCUUGAAAACCAGAUGAAGAAGGUGGACAACAUCAUUUCGGGGAUGGAGAGCAACCUAGCCAAGGAUACUGGUAUCCCUUCCACCAGUGAUGGAAUUCAGAUUCGCAGCCAGGAACUGCAGAGGAUGAAGAGAGACUUGUCCAACAGUCAAGAUGAACUUCAGAAGUUACAGAGAGACUAUGCCAAGGCAGAGCAGCAGAGCAGUGCCCUGCAGAAGGGCUAUCAGGAAUACUGCCCUGACAUUAAGCGACAGCAGUUAGAUGUACAGAAACUCAACAGCCGUUACGCCAAUGUGGCCAACCAGCUGGAGCACAGAGAUAAACUUAUUAAGGAAGCAGAGCUGAAGAAUAUGGAUUUCCAAAAUGCAAACAAAACCCUUAACAGCUAUAUGUCCAACAUUCCGAACAACAAGCCAAUGCCUUAUGAUAGCUUGACUGAGGUCAACAACAAGCUCAAUUCCCAGAAGAGGGUUGUGGAUGAACUAAAAAGGAAAAACGAUGACGUGGAUCGGGCUGUGAAAGUCUCACAAGACCUGCAGGCCCUCUCUCAGGAGUAUGAUGCACAUUCAGAGAAGUACCGCAUGUCUCUUGAACCCAACAUAGCUGCUCAGGACUCCAAUAAGAUGCUUAGCACCCCUCUGAAGGACAGCGUUCAGAAACAGGAGAAGGGCCUUGUUAACCAGUACACAAAGGUGUCUGCAGAGAAUGAGCAACUUCUCAGCCAGUUGCAAUUUGCCAAAAAUGUCAAGGCACAGAAAGAAGAACAAGUGAAUGAAGUUGUGGUAAAGCAGCAGGUACAUCAAGAAAAUUUGCAGAAAUCUCUAAACGAGGCGGAGAACCUGAAGAAGGACCUAGACGAUGAGGUGUCCAAGCGCUCAAAAGUGAAUACUGAACUGGAGGAUCUCAGAAAGAAACUUCUGUUUCUAAAGAGCAGAAGAGGGGUAGAAAGACUGGAGGAGAAAGAAGUGGUGCAAUACUAUCGGGAUCCAAAACUGGAAAGUGAUCUCUCUAUACUGAGAAACAAAAUACAAGAUGAAAAUACACGCCGCUCUACCACCCAGUCAGAGAUUGAACUUAUAACUCAGAAGAUUGUUGUUUUGGAGAAAGAAUUGAAAUCUGUCACACCGCAACUUCUCACAAAAGAAGUGACCAGAAUUGAGAAAGACCCACAGCUCGAACAAGCAGCCGCAGAGCUGAGGAAGGAGAUUCAGAGGCUCCGGGAAGAGGUACAGAGAUCAGACAGUGACACUGUACGGGUGAAAACAGAGGUCAACGUCCUUUCACAGAAGAAGCCCAGUGUCAAGGAGAAGGUUGUGACCAAGGAAGUGGUUAAGUUUGAAAAGGAUCCCGAGAUGUUAAAGGCUGUUCGGGAAUUUCAGACAAUGAUCAGUGAUGAAAGUGAAAAAAGUAAAAAGAUAAAUGACCUCAUAUUCCAAACCAGGAGCCAGAUUAACACUCUGGAGAGGAUUAUCCCAACACUCGAGCCCAAAGUCGUUACCAAGGAACUGAAGAAAGUCGAACAGGAUCCAGAGCUCAUCAAUGAGUCCAGUAGACUGCGCAAUCAGCUGCAGGAUGAAAGGAACAAGAUCAGCUCUCUGGUGAAUGAAAUCAGUAGUCUUCAGAUUCGCUACCGUGAGGUGGAACAGCUGAAGCCUAAGGUGCAGGUCAAGGAGGUGGUCAGUGAGAUCUUCCGGGUUGAUCCAGAAACAGAAACAGAGGUGGCCCGUCUGAAGAGAGAGCUCCAAGACAGUAGCAAACACCGUGCAGAGUUGGAGAGGGACAUUAACCAAGUCACGAUUGAUCUGCAAGCCCUCCGUUCCCAGAAACCAAAGGUGGAAUUGAAAGAGGUAACUCAGGAAGUAUUGAAGAUGGAGAUGAGUCCUGAAAUCCAGCGGGAGAUUGAGAAGCUAAAGCAACAGCUCAGUAGACUUAAUGAUAGUCACAACCAGUCUGAGAAUUUAUUGUUAAGGCUACGCAAGGAAAGAGACGAAUGUAAAGCUGAAAAAUCAAAGGUAGAGACCAAACUUGUCAAUAAAGAGUUCAUUAAAUACGAGAAUGAUCCUCUCUUAGAGAAAGAAGCAGAAAGGCUCCGAAGAGAAAUGCGUGAGGAGGCCCAGAAGCGGCGGGCAAUCGAGGAACUUGUCUUUGACUUGCAGAAUAAGCACAUCCUGAUGGAGCGACAGAAGCCUCCCGAAAAGGUGGUGGUCCAGGAAAUUCUCCGGUUACAAAAAGAUCCCAAGCAAUUCAUGGAACACGAUAAGCUGAGUAGAGACCUAGAUGAGGAAAUAAAGAACAGAAGAAGACUGGAGCUGGAAUUAGAGCAGCUCCGAACUCUGAUCCUGGAGAAAGAGAGAAGCCUCAAUCUUGAGGAAGAGCGCAGCAAAAAGAUCACCUUAGAGACCGAGCUACGCCAAAUCAAAAUGCGCAUUAAGGAGAUUGAGAUGGCACCAGCACCUAUGGAAGAGAAGAUCAUAAUGGAGGAGGUCCUGAAGGUUGAGAGAGACCCCCAUCUGGAUAAGGCCUCCUCUAGCAUGAGAACAGAUAUUGAAAGGGAGAGGAAUGAGAUCUUGAGGUUGGAGAGAGAGUUGAGGACCCUCCAAAUCAAAAUUGAAAUCCUCCAGAGAGAGAAGACAGUGGAGAAGACAGUAUACAAAGAAGUGAUCCGAGUGGAAAAAGACAAAGUCGUGCAGAACGAAAGAUUGAGGAUCAGGGACCAACUAAACCAAGAGAGAAAUGCCCGGCGAGAUGCGGAGGAUGAAAUCCGGCGCCUCACUGAGCGAAUCACACGCUUAGAUGAUGCUAGGAGAGACAUGUCUCGGGAAGAGAAAGCGCUUACCCAGACUAGAGACAGUCUGCUCCAAGAGAAGAAUAAUCUGGCCAAAAAUAUGAAUAACUUGCAAACAGAGAAGCAACAGAUCAGUAUUUCUUACAAACAGCAGUCUAAGCUGAUGAAUGAGAAAAGCCAACUGAGCAGACAGAAGAGCAUUCAGCUAGAAUCCAUGAUUCAGAAACUAGAGCAGGAUAUCCUCCAAGAGAAAGAUACACUGAACCAGAGGGAAUUGACCAUUAAAGACCUGCAGAACACCUUUAGGAAAGAGGAGGCCAAGCAUAGCGAAAAGCAGACUCGAGAGACCAACCUCUCCACCAGAAUAAGUAUUCUGAACCCAGAAACUGGCAAGGACAUGUCCCCCUACGAGGCCUACAAGCAAGGCUUGAUUGAUCGCAACCAGUACCUGCAACUGGAGGAACUGGAAUGUGAUUGGGAGGAAAUCACCACCCUAGGUCCUGAUGGAGAGGUCUCGGUUUUGCAGGACCGCAAGAGUGGUAAGCAGUAUUCUAUAAAGGAUGCCAUCAGGGAGAGGAGAGUGACUGCAGAGGAGGUCAGACUUUACAAGGAUGGAAAGAUCCCAAUUUCAGAGUUUGCCCUUUUGGUGGCAGGUGAGUCCAAACCCAAAGACAUUAGCACUUUUAUGUCAAAAUCUCCACUCCUCUCCCCAACAACCCAGGCUCAGAGGACAUUCUUUCAGUCCAGCAGUCCCCCUACCUCAUUUCAAGAGGAUAACUACCCAAUUGCUGGAAUUUAUGACACCAAUGCAGACAGCAGGAUAUCAAUCCGCACUGCCAUGAAUAGGAAGAUGAUUGAUCCCAUCACUGGCAACAAGCUACUUGAGGCUCAGGCUGCCACAGGUGGCAUUGUGGAUGUCAUAAGCAAGGAUCGGUACUCUGUCCAUAAAGCAGUUGAACGAGGUCUGAUUGAGAGCACUCACCUUCAAAGGCUACUCAAUGCCCAGAAGGCCUAUACUGGGGUAGAAGAUCCUGUCACUAAGGAGAGGCUGUCUGUAGGAGAAGCUGCUCAGAAAGGCUGGAUGCCUCGGGAUAGUGCCCUUGCCUAUAUGGAAGCCCAAGUGCUAACAGGAGGGCUGGUGGACCCCAAACGGACUGGUCGCAUCAACAUAACGGAUGCUAUUCGGAGUAACAUGGUGGACAGUGCCACCGCCAAAAUGCUGCAAGAUGAUUCUACCUAUCCCAAAGAUAUAGUUGAUCCAGUAAGUAAGGAGAAGAUCAAUUACAAAGAAGCCAUGGGCCGAUGUCAGCGAGAUCCGUCCACUGGGCUCCUCUUACUGCCAGCUGUAUCCACCAACAGCAUAUCGUAUCCUUCAUACCGCCCUGUAAACCGAUCCCUGCUUUCUUCUGGGUUUGGUUACUAAAGUACCUUCAGGGCCUAAAGUCUGAUAUGCCAUGCCACUCCUUGGAUGGGCUCUACCCAGUGACAUGCAUAGCUUAGUUGGCAACAUUCUUAUUAUUAUCUCCUUUUGAAGACUGGUCUGAUUUCCCCAUUCCCCUGCAUGUGGGCUCUCUCUGUACUCAUUUAAUAUAUCACAUUAAAACAUGCAAUCUUA